AGGGCUUUUGUGCAUGCUAAUUGCACCAUUUGUGCGCAAAAGUUCCGACGCAAAGUGUGAACUCUCAACAGAAGGAAACAUGAGACAACUGAAGUGCCCUGGUUUAUGUGCCCCGCUCCUCCUCCGCUGCCGCCGCCUCUUCUUUCUCCUUCCUCCCGCCGAGUCCGCUGUUGCAGCUUGUUUGCACUGGGGCUUAUCCGGAGCGGAAAUUCCUUUCCGUUUUUGUGAAUGACAAACUCAUUAACAAUUCAUCAACACAACCUGUUCCAGCCGGCCCGUCCCCACGGCAACAGCCCCUUCCGCAGCGCGUUCAUUGGCUGGCGGGGAGAAUGUAUCCAUUGAGACGCUCGCUGUUUGUAUCCAUUGAGGAGCUGCCUAGCGCAGGGGGUGUGCGAGGGCUGAGUCUAAGGGACAGUGAGCAAAUCGAGUCUUGAAUAAUCCGGGGAGAAAGACUCCCGGGUAGAUUUGAGGUGCAGCUUUAGAGGGAGGGAUUAGGAGCCGCUAGACUUUUUUUCCUCUUCUCUGGGUAGCACGGAGUCCGAAUUAAUUGGAUCUCAUUCACUGGGGAGGAACAAAACUGCCUGGGCAGCUUCAUUCAGAGAGAUUCAUUGACACUAAGAGCCAGCGGCUGCAGCCGGGUGCAGAGGAAACCGCCGGCUUUACUUCAGUCUCGCCUUCCCCAACCUCCAGCCUCGGCUUGGGUAAGGCGAGGCAGAACUAAACUCCGCUCCCGGAGCGAGAGCGGCGGCUUCGCGCGGUGCGCUCAGCCUAUGCCUGCCCCGAGGGGCGUCUGGUAGGCACCCGCCCUCUCCCGCAGCUCGACCCUCAUGAUAGAUACGCUCAGACCCGUGCCCUUCGCGUCCGAAAUGGCGAUUAGCAAGACGGUGGCGUGGCUCAACGAGCAGCUGGAGCUGGGCAACGAGCGGCUGCUGCUGAUGGACUGCCGGCCGCAGGAGCUGUAUGAGUCGUCGCACAUAGAGUCGGCCAUCAACGUGGCCAUCCCGGGCAUCAUGCUGCGGCGUCUGCAGAAGGGCAACCUGCCCGUGCGCGCGCUCUUCACGCGCGGCGAGGACCGGGACCGCUUCACCCGGCGCUGCGGCACCGACACGGUGGUGCUCUACGACGAGAGCAGCAGCGACUGGAACGAGAACACCGGCGGCGAGUCGGUGCUCGGGCUGCUGCUCAAGAAGCUCAAGGACGAGGGCUGCCGGGCGUUCUACCUGGAAGGUGGCUUCAGUAAGUUCCAAGCCGAGUUCGCCCUGCAUUGCGAGACCAACCUAGACGGCUCGUGCGGCAGCAGCUCCCCGCCGCUGCCAGUGCUGGGGCUCGGGGGCCUGCGGAUCAGCUCUGACUCCUCCUCGGACAUUGAGUCCGACCUCGACCGAGACCCCAAUAGUGCAACGGACUCGGACGGCAGCCCGCUGUCCAACAGCCAACCUUCCUUCCCGGUGGAGAUCUUGCCCUUCCUCUACUUGGGCUGUGCCAAGGACUCCACCAACUUGGACGUUCUGGAGGAGUUCGGCAUCAAGUACAUCUUGAAUGUCACCCCUAAUUUGCCGAAUCUCUUUGAGAAUGCGGGAGAGUUUAAAUACAAGCAAAUCCCUAUCUCGGAUCACUGGAGCCAAAACCUGUCCCAGUUUUUCCCUGAGGCCAUUUCAUUCAUAGAUGAAGCUCGGGGGAAAAACUGUGGUGUCUUGGUGCAUUGCUUGGCUGGCAUUAGCCGCUCAGUCACUGUGACCGUGGCUUACCUUAUGCAAAAGCUGAAUCUGUCAAUGAAUGAUGCCUAUGACAUUGUCAAGAUGAAGAAGUCGAACAUCUCCCCUAACUUCAACUUCAUGGGCCAGCUGCUGGACUUCGAGAGGACGCUGGGACUCAGCAGCCCUUGUGACAACCGGGUUCCAUCACAGCAGCUGUAUUUUACCACCCCCUCCAACCAGAAUGUCUACCAGGUGGACUCCCUCCAAUCCACGUGAAAGGCCCCACGCCCUUCCUCCCUAGGAUAUGUCCGUUUCUUCAGCAGUUUCUCUUGGCAGCAUCAGCUGGGCUACUUUCUUUAUCUGUGGCCCCAGGUGUCAAAAUGACACCAGCUGUCUGUAUUAGACAAGGUUACCAAGUGUGGAAUUGGUUAUUACAAAGAGAGAUUUGCUCCAUUCUCUUUGGAAGAACAGGACUUGCUGUAUAGAUACAGGCACUAGGCUUGCUCUGCACCCAUGUAUACAGCCUACCCAUGCAGGGACUGGGAUUCGAGGACUUCCAGAUAUAUAGGGUAGGACCAAAUGGUAGGGUAGGAGCAUGUGUUCUAUAGGGCCUUGUAUGGCUGUUUCCUUUUGAUUCUGGAACUGACGAUAUAUUGUCUUCAGUGAAGACUGAUUCAAUUUUGCAUAUAGAGGAGCCAAAGAGAGAUGUCAGCUCUGGAUUUUGUGGUAUCAGUUUAGAAGAAAAAUCUGAUACUCUAUUCGAUUAUUGUAAAUAUUUGAUCUUAAAUCACUUGACAGUGUUUGUUUGAAUUGUGCUUUGUUUUCUUCUUUGAUGGGUUUAAGAGAAAUUAUCCAAAGGGCGAAAGAGCAGUUUGCCACUUCUUAACACACAAAAAAAUGGAAAAUUUUGCUCUUUUCUAAUCCAAAGGGUAGACUUGCAGCAUGUUUGAUAUUACAAUUCUGAUGACAUCUUCAUGGACAUAGUUAUUACCAAGCCCUUGUUAUGGCGCAGUCUCUAGUCUCUUCCAUGUAUCUUCCUCAUGAUUUUUUCCUCUUAAUGUAGUUUGACUAUGCCUUACCUUUGUAAAUAUUUUGGCUUAUGUUGUCUCGAAGGGGGAUAUCUUGGAAAGACACCAAAUCAUGGGCUCACUUUUUUUUUUUUAAAACUUCAGCUGUGCUAAACAGUUUAUUACCUCUGUAUAAAAUUCUUCAGGGAGUGUCACCUCAAAUGCAAUACUUUGGGUUGGUUUCUUUCCUUUUUAAAGAAAAAUUUGUACAAAACUGGAAGUGUGUGUGUGAGCAUGGGUACCCAUUUGAUAGGUGAAAUGCAUACGAUUGUGAAGGAAGGAGAGUUAACAUUGCUCCAUUACGUUCGUGGUGUAAAGUUUUGAGCUGGAAUUUAUUAUAAGAAUGUAAAAUCUUAAGUUAUUAAUAAAUAACUAUUUUGGCUAUUGAA